UGAUAAACUCUGCCUAUCCUCCGGUCGUUCUUAGUUACCACAGCCAGAAGGUCAUAAACCUCGUUUAUUUCUAAAAGGAAUCUUCUCAAAAUGUGAUUUUAAACCUAACCACACUGAUAACCACACCCUAACCUUGAAUUAAGACCAAAAAGCUAAUUAUAGUUUUGAUGAAUUUUUAGGAUAGCCUAACGGACAAUACUGACGUUGUGACGGUGGUAACUAGUGGAAACCCUAUCCUCCCUCCCCCGGCGGAGGUGUACGAUCGUGGAGUCAAGCAAGAGAGCGUGAUUAACUGGCCAGAGAACCACGGUGUUGCUCCGGACUGAGAAUUCACUGCGACUCGGCAGAGCCCAAGUUUGCUACGAGACGGCCGCGACCACUGCGAGAACAGUUGGCUUGAGAAAUCUCCGCCUUGACCGCCUGUCUGGAUAGCCCGCAUAGAGGCCGACAUCCCACUACUUGCCAAAUACAGGACUGGAAACGACUGCAGAAUAGGACCCGUCAUAACAGGAAUAUUUAUCGGCGUCUGCUCGGCUAUUUCUCCCAGAAAUGGACGGUUUCGCCGGCAGUUUGGAUGACAGUAUCUCGGCGGCGAGUGCGUCUGACGUGCAGGAUCGUCUGUCGUCGUUGGAGCUGCGUGUCCAUCAGCAGGAGGAUGAGAUCACCGUGAUGAAGGCGGCGCUGGCCGACGUGCUGCGACGCCUAGCGCUCUCCGAGGACACGGCCGCCACCGGCAAAAAACAGACCAGCGCCAAAGGCCAUAAUCCCCUGCGCGAGGCCUACUCGAUGUCCUGCAUCCCCAACGGCAGCUCCAGCAGCCGUAAGCCCAGCCAUCGAGACCGAGAUAGCUCCACAGUGUCCGUCGCCAGGAAGGAUACCUUCUCCUCAGCAGCCAAGAGCGGUCAGACAGCAGAGAGGAAAAAGGACACCCUUCCGAUGGAGGGCAUCAAGGAGAAGCAGGAGGGGCCCUCCCAGCCCAACCAGGCUAACGAUAAAGCCCCCCCUGCCAGCCCCAUGCAGCCCUCGCCGUCCCCCUCCAGCUCCAGCCACCCACUCUCCCCACACCCCCCUCAGUCCCAAAGGCAGGCCCAGGAGAGCAAGGGCACCUCCCCAGCCAAAAGGGGUCACAGUGCGAAGCGGGGCACGGGGAUAGAGCGUUCUCAGAGCAGCACGUGGGAGAGUGGCGAGGAGAGCAGGAACAAGCUGGUGAAGGCUGCUUCCACCUCCAAACUGCUGGCCAAGGUGGUGAAGAACGCAGACAAGCAUAAAGACCCAGUGAUCAGCCAAGCCAAAAUGUCAACCCGUGAGAAAAACAGCCAAGCUGAGGGAGACUACAUCAAGAUGUUCAUGCGAGGUCGACCCAUCACCAUGUUCAUCCCCGCCGACGUGGAGAACUAUGAGGACGUGCGCACAGAGCUGCCUCCGGAGAGACUCAAACUGGAGUGGGUGUAUGGCUACAGGGGGAAAGACUGCCGAGCCAACGUGUACCUGCUCCCUACAGGGGAGAGUGUUUACUUUAUUGCCUCUGUGGUAGUGCUCUUCAACUGUGAGGAGAGGACACAGCGCCACUACCUCGGCCACACAGACAGCGUCAAAUGCCUUGCUGUUCACCCUGAUAAGAUCCGCAUUGCCACGGGACAGAUUGCAGGAGUGGAUAAGGAUGGGCGGCCACUGCAGCCCCAUGUGAGAGUGUGGGAUUCGGUCAGCCUGUCCACCCUGCAGGUCAUCGGCCUGGGCACCUUCGAGAGAGGGGUGGGCUCCCUGGCCUUCUCCAAAGCGGACUCCGGCACACACCUGGCGGUGAUUGAUGACUGCAACGACCACAUGUUGACUGUCUGGGACUGGCAGAAGAAAUCCAAGAUCGCUGAAAUCAAGUCUACAAAUGAGGUGGUGCUUGUGGUGGAGUUCCACCCUACUGAUGCCAACACCAUAGUAACCUGUGGCAAGUCCCACAUCUUCUUCUGGACCUGGGCUGGCACCUCGCUGGCACGCAAGCAGGGCAUCUUCGGGAAAUACGAGAAACCCAAGUUUGUUCAGUGUCUGGCCUUCCUCAACAACGGGGACAUCCUGACUGGAGACUCUGGAGGCGUCAUGUUGAUAUGGAGCAGGAGCACAGUGGAGCCGACCCCAGGGAAGGGACCCAAAGGUGCGUACCAGAUCAGCCGUCAGAUCAAGGCCCAUGACGGCAGUGUGUUCACUCUGUGUCAGAUGAGGAACGGGACCCUGCUGACCGGAGGGGGCAAGGACCACAAGAUCAUUCUUUGGGACCACGACCUCAACCCAGAGAGGGACAUAGAGGUCCCCGAUCAAUAUGGAACCAUUCGCGCUGUGGCCGAGGGCAAGGGGGAGCAGUUUUUGGUGGGCACUUCGCGUAACUUCAUCCUGAGGGGGACAUUUAAUGACGGUUUCCAGGUGGAAGUGCAGGGACACACAGACGAGCUAUGGGGGCUGGCGUCGCACCCCUUCAAGGACCUGUUCCUAACCUGUGCCCAGGACAGGCAGGUGUGCCUGUGGAACUCUGUGGACCACUCCCUGGAAUGGAACAGGCUCCUGGAUGAGCAUGGCCACUGUGCCGACUUUCACCCCAGUGGUGCUGUUGUGGCCAUCGGUACUCACUCAGGAAAGUGGUACGCUCUGGAUGCAGAGACCAGAGACCUGGUGGCCAUUCACACAGACGGCAACGAGCAGCUGUCAGUCAUGCGCUUCUCCGUAGAUGGCACCCUGCUGGCAGUGGGAUCACAUGACAACUUCAUUUACCUCCACACCGUGUCGGAGAAAGGCCGCAAGUACACCAGAUGCGGGAAGUGCAUUGGACAUUCCAGCUACAUCACACAUCUUGACUGGUCCCCCGACAACAAGUUCAUCAUGUCCAACUCAGGAGACUACGAGAUCCUCUACUGGGACAUUCCAAACGGCUGCAAGUACAUCCGUAACCGCUCAGAGUGUAAGGACAUCGACUGGACCACCUAUACCUGUGUGCUGGGCUACCAUGUCUUCGGAGUGUGGCCUGAGGGUUCCGAUGGUACAGACAUCAACGCCCUGAUCAGGUCCCACAACAGGAAGGUGAUCGCUCUGGCUGAUGACUUCUGCAAAGUGCACCUCUUCCAGUACCCCUGCGCAAGACCUAAGGCACCUAGCCACAAAUACAGCGCCCACAGCAGUCACGUGACCAAUGUGACCUUCAUGCACAACGACAGUCACCUGGUGUCCACGGGCGGGAAGGAUACCAGUGUCAUGCAGUGGCGUCUGGUGGAGAAGACCCCCUCAUUGGUCCCCAGUGACUCCUCCCUCUCUCUAGGGGAGGGGCUCCUACAUAACUCCAUCCUCCGUGCCGCCAUCCCAGCGGUGCCUCUGACGCCCACCCCCACCAAGCCGGCCGCGACGCCAACCCCUACCCCGCCCACCGUCCUCGACCUGACCUCUGACCCCACAGCGGCGCACUGCGGGGGAGUGGCUCUUGUCACACCUCCCCCCACGCCAACCUCCCCCACGACCAACGGACGGCAGGAGAGCUCCCCCGAAACCCCUCCCCCCGCCGAGCUAACCCCGCCCCCCUCUGACAGCACGCUGAGCCUCAAGGACAGCCUGGACCCCAGCGACGACACGGCCACGCCUAGCGACGAGGGCCGCCCUUUCACCCCACCCUCGUGAAGAGCCUCAGUUGUGACGCAGCCCAGCUCUCACACCUGCUCAGCGCUCCCCCCUGGAGGCGCCUCGAUGUCGCUGCGUCUCUCAGGAGGGUUCCAUCUCUGUUCAGGUCUCUUUUUGUUUUCAGUUUUAGUUUUAUCUUCAUGCUCUUCUUUUUGUUUCUUUUUGAUGUCUGCGUUAUUUGGAGAAGGAUGGAGGGUGUACGUGAGACAAGGCAGUGAUAUUAGUGGUUUAUGUUGUUUUAAAGAUGAUCACCCGACGUUGUGAGAGUGUGAGGAGAGAAUGCUGUGGUUGUUCUGGUUCAUACGGUUAAGUCGUGUCUGCUAAUGCUCACUCCUCAGUCCAGCCCUUAUUCAAUAUUGAUCACAUGUCUAAGCUAUGUUGCCAUAGAAACGUAUACUCAUCUAAUCCUUACUCGAGAAUGCAACAACCUGCAAUAACACACCAUAGCAUCAUUUGCGACCACAUACAACCAGUAAUAUACCAUCACAUAUACCAUCACAUACAGCUGAUGAAAACAUACUCCAUCACUCUGGGCUUUCAAACAGGUGUGUGUGUGUGCGCGCGCGUGUUUAACUAUACUUCUGGGGACCAGAAGUCCUCACAAGACUAGUAAACAAACAAACAUUUGAACAACUGUUGAUCCCCACAAAGUCAAAUGCUAUUUCUAGGGGGUUAAGGUUAGAAUUAGUGUCUGGGUUAGAAUUAGGUUUAGGGUUAGCAGCUAGGGUUAGCAGCUAGGGUUAGGUUUUUGGGUAAGGGUACAGGUUAGGGGUUAAGGAAAAUUGGAUUUUGAAUGGGACUGAAUUGUAUGUCCCCCACAAGGUUAGCUGCGCAAGACGUGUGUGUGUGUGUGUGUGUGUGUGUGUGUGUGUGUGUAAGGGCUGACAUGCAUGCAGACUGCCUUUCCAUGGCAAUAAGCUGUUCUCUCUAGCAGAGUCCCUGCAGGAAACUCAUCCAUCCAGCCUCGUAGUGGCCAGAAAGGUUAAAAAUGAGCCAUAGGAUAUCCUGUGACCAUGGACACAAUGACCACACUGAACCACCAGCCACCAGUGCCCAGCAGACUCUCACCUGCUCGCCCUACAAUAACAUGCUACCAUUUUUUUCCUGUUUAUUUUUAUUUCCCUUUUGGAUUUAUACCUUUUAAAAUCUUAUCCUGGGGACUGUUCCUUCUCUGCUGGAAUGGACUGAGAUGUAUUUAAGAAGAAAAAAAGAUUUGAAAAAAAAAAGUCUUAAAAGUCUGCGAACCGCCGUUUUCUACAUUUGUGUCAUUCCGGCUCAUCGCCCCCCCCCCCCCCCUUUCUGCAGAAAUCAGGACUGGAUCACUCUCACAGGAAUACACAGCCAGCAGAGGGAGGGAGAGAGCCCCCUCUGUGUUUUUCUACACAGCCCUCUCUGUCUCCCUUCGGUGGGAAUGCGCUGGUACAUUUAGAGAGAGAGGGAGACUCUUCUGUUUGUCGCCUGGAAGUAGAGGAUAGAGAAUUGAGAGAUUGCGUUUUAAUUGUCCGUCCGUGACUAGGGAGAGAAAGUGGAGGCUUUCUAUAGCAAGGAAGACUGAAGGACGAUAGAAGGGAUAUGCAUACCCAUGACUAAGGCCUAUGUGGCAAUGCACAGUAAAGAUUUUGAUAGUAAGUACAGUCAUUUUCCAGGUUUGUCAUUAUCAGAAGGAAGCGGGAGGACUUUGUAAAAAGGUAUGUGGUGUAGAACGGUGUAGUUGUAGUGAACAUGGGACUGACUGUGAAAGGUAAAGUGCAUGUCGGUAAUGGUGUACUAAAGUCGGUAAUGUGGCAUUGACAGGGUUGCAGUGAAGAGGUAGAGACGUUAUCAAUCGUAGUGAAAGACUGCAUGAGGGCAUGGUUGUGUCGAUGUUAUGCCGAUGUUAUUCUAGCGUUGCCCUCAAAUAUGUAGACUUCCAGCUGGCCCACAAAGAACCUCUUUCUCUUUUUAUAUUAUGAGCAUUUUCAGAUUUCUUUUGUUUUUGCAAAUCAACUGUUUUUUUUCCUUCUUGGGAAUGCUUUUCUAUAGGUCGAUUUUCUCUGUAGUUGGUCCUGUAGUUUGUUUCCCCCUGUGGUUCUGUGGUUGUAGUGAACAUGGGAUUUCCUUCCCAGAAUGCUGAGUGCAUGGAACGUGAACACGCUUUUUGAACCUCGUUCAAUUACAGGUGUCAAUCUAUAAACUAACUCGUACCUUACGAUAUCUGGAGUCUUUCCGGAACGCUACAAAGCAGUUUUCCCAGGGGGGGGGGCAUGUGGUCUUGCUAGAUCUUCCCCUCCCAUACUCAUUCAUUUUGUACUUUCAGGUGUGGCUACUUUAUGUAUAUAAUGGUAUGCCUGUGUGUAUAUAUCUGGUCUCUUCAUCUUGAGAUAUAGAUAGAUCCUCUGAACCGUUUUUCAUUGCUUUCUUUUACCACUAGGGGGCACACUCCUCCAGCUCAUCCACAGGCCAAGCACGUACAAUACAGUGUGAAAUAAUGUCUCUCUCGAGUCCGCAUAAUGUGCUCUUCUUACCAUGACAGGUUGUUAUGGUGGGGACAGUGAACUGGCUUUCCGGGGGGUGUCGCUCCUCUUGUUUUUACAGUGUAUUCAUGGCCAAUCACCUCGCCCUUGUAGACUUGGUUAGUGGUCUACCAAUCGGGGGGCCUACAGCCGUUAUGUACUUUGAAUGUUGCUCUGACGAAUGGCCUUGACAUAAUGUCCACGUUGAGAGGGGUUCGGGGGUGGGGGUUCGGUAGGUUUUGCCUGUGUUGGUUAAAGGGAGGGGAAAUGUUUUUUUUGAAGAUAGGGAGGAUUAGUAAGGUGUGGAGGGUUUGGACACCAGGGCAUCCCGUGUACUGGGCCCUGACAAGGAUCUAAGGAUUUUGAGAGGUAGAGGGCCAUUAUUUCUAUUCAACCAUCUUUUUAGAGGAAGUUUUUCUGAAGGGCUUGUAUAGAACCAUGUUUUUUGAGUUAGAUGGCUAGUAUCCAAAAGACACAAAGGGAAAAAAGGGGAAGGAGAGAAGUGAGUUGAAAACACAAAGCUCCUUGACUGGUCUGAAACCUCAGCCUUGUGAAUGAAUGUCUAAGUGUCCUGGGGGGGGGAUGGGGGAGGUAGGGACACCGUGGUUGGAAUGGGGGAGGGCAUAAAGGAGCGCGGGGGGGUGGGACACAGACAUGUACAACCUUUUGUGAUAUUCAAAAUAAACAUGGUUGUGACCAUCCACGAUGACGGGGAUACUGAUGAAAUGUUGAAAUGAUUUGAUGGUGAUGAGAUACUGUAUGAAUGACGACAAAAAACAAAAAAAAACAUGUUUCACGUGACAAUGUUUGAGACGCUCUGUCUCUAGAAAAAUACUGAAGAUUUAAAAAAAAAAAAAUGCAAAUAAACAUUUUAAAACAGA